GGCUAGAAGGAAUUUGACACUUCGGCGGCAAAAAAGCGUGUUGGCCAUGGAUAUGUUCCGAUGUUCCAUAUAUUGAAGUAACAUCGAGAGGGUGUGGAAGAGAUAGAAAAGAUCAACUUGAUCCUUCAUCUCUUCAUGGUUGUUGUGACUUCAUCUCUUUUCGAGAAAUCAAACACACGGAAUAAUAUCUAGAAAAAAUAAACAAGUCAUGGUUCGAAUGAUUUUGGGAACAACAGCGGUAUCGCUAGUUCUUUCCAUAGUCAAUGCCAUAUCAACAACUGCAGCAGGAUUCGUUGCACAUGAUACCAGCGUCACAUUUGCUCUCAACAUACCAGAGAAAAAUACGAACAAUGAUCUAUAUUUCAGCAUAUCAGGUCCGAGCAGUUGCUCCUGGAUAGCUGUUGGCAUGGGUUCAAACAAGAUGAAAAACUCCCUUAUGUUUAUGAUGUAUGCCGAUUCCACCGGAAAGAAUGUAACUCUCAGUCCCCGGAUAGCUUCCGGGCAGAAUGAACCAUCGCAUACCAAAGACAUUGUGGUUGAAUCUCUUGCCGGCACGGGGAUUUCCAACGACACUUUCACGUGGAAUGGGAGAUGUCUAAACUGUACCUCGUGGAAAGGAGGAUCCUUGGGUUCGACCAAAAAUCAAAACGCAACUUUCAUAUGGGCAAAUGGACCGCCCGGAACAAUCGAAUCAAACUCAUUACACGCCGAUGUCAAGAGACAUGAUUCUUAUGGAGUUUUUUCCAUGGAUUUAUCGAGCGCGGUGGGUAAAUCAGGUGUACCUGCCGUUCCAACUUCGAAUUCCAAAGGCACUAUCCAAAUUUCUGAGAAAGGGGACGGCCAGAUUUCAUCAACUGCACAUGCUGUUCUGAUGGUUUUAGUAUUUGUUGGACUUUUGCCAUUGGGUAUCGUCAUUUUGAGAUUUCUAAAUUGUCCCAGGUGGCAUGCUCUCCACCAAACCAUAUCUCUUGCAAUUGCACUUAUAGGAGUUGGAUUAGGCGCGAAGUUGGGUACACUUUACAAUCGGACGAAAGGUUUCCAAUCUGGACAUCAAAUCUUCGGCCUUAUGAUUAUUGUAGCCAUGAUCGGACAAUGGGUCUUUGGAUUUCUUCAUCAUCGAAUGUACAAGAAAACCUCGGCCACCACCAAAUUUGCCCCCAUACACGUUUGGCUAGGUCGCGUUAUCAUCCCGGCUGGAAUUAUAAACGCCUUCAUCGGUUUCCCCCUCGCACUCAAUACCAAAUUCGACUGGGCACUUCUAAUCUGCACACUUCUUAUGGUCAUCAUCUGCGCCCCCGUUCUCUUCUGGGGCUACAAACGUCGCCAAGCAAAGAAAGUCGAAGAUACCACAGCGGAAGUAGAAGGAUACGAAGCAGAGCCAUGGAGAAACCCGCAGGCGCAGUAUGAUAUCGGUCUCAACCACAUGAACAUGAACAUGAAUAUGAAUAUGAAUAUGAAUAUGAACCCCAAUCUAGGUGUGCCUCCACCAUAUCAUGCAGGAGAACAUCAGCAGCAGACCUCUCAACAAAGAAUACCAGGCCAAUCGUCGCAUAAUAUGCCGGUACAGCAGGGGACGCAGUUUGUUUGAAGAUUCAGAUCGAUUCUGCGAACGGGUUUGGGAUAUCCUUGAUUCCUUAAUGGGGCAGAAAAUUCAAUUGGGGUGAUGUCUGGAAUAUUCAAAUAUAGCAAAUAAGAUAUAUGGUGUGUUUAAGGGUCGAAGGAAUGGUAGUCAUUUCCACAGGGUUAAAAUUUCGGGAUAUCGAGGAAAGAUAAUGCAACAUAAUGGCGGCGUUUUAUUUGGGUCAUGAGCCGCGGAGGAAAAGGGUUAUACAUCAAGGAUUUAUGUAAGGACUGGUUGCCAACAUAAAAUAGGGUGGCGUUUUGGAGUAUUUGGCCAUACUUUCUUCUAUGAAUGCAAUGGAACAGUGUGCAAUCGAAAUCUUACAUUGUCGAAUCGUCAGAGCUUUCAAGCGAUCGAAAUGAUACAUAUGCAUAGAACAGUCAAAUCACUCACCCCAAAAUACGCA